CUGGUGAGUGUUAAAGGUCCCAAAAGGGUCUCAGUCAUUAAAGUGUUAAGAAGUCAUAUUUUAAUAUAUUUACUUUCAAUGCUUAAAUAGCCGUAGAUGAACUUCAAAUCUAUCCGUUGACAUACAAUUUUAUUAUUAUUGUUUGUUUUAUGCCUCUUUUGUCGAAGAUAAUCCUGUUUUUUAUGGCAAAAACCCAAAACAUGCAAUUUUCUCCCCCAUAAAUGUUCAAAGUAAAAUAUUUGAUGUGAAAUAAGUGGUGCCUUCAAUAGAGAAAUAAUUUAUAACAACAUUGCUUUUGCUUUGUUACAAUUUUUGGAGAAAAAUCUGACACAAAACAGCCCCACUCAUUAAAGUGUUACAAAUAAAAUAAGUCAUAUCAAUAUAUAAUAUUUUUUAUUUAGUAAGCCUAAAUCUGUAGAUCAACCUAAAAUCUGUCUGUCGGUUAUACAUUUUUGUGAUUUUUUUAAAUUUUGUAUCAGGUUUUAUGCCGAUUUUGUCAAAGAAAACCUUCUUUUAGUUAUAUUGCAAACCCACAAAAUAUGUGACAUGUUCCCCAUAAAAGUAUAAUCGAAACAUUGAAUAGGUCAAUACCAUAUUUUCCGGACCAUAGGGUGCACCGGAUUAUAAGGCGCACUGUCGAUGGGCGGGUCUAUUUUUAUACGAAAGGCGCACCGCACCAUAAGGCGCAUUAAAGUGGUCAUAUCAUGAUAUUUUUCUACAUGUAAAACACUUCCCUGUGGUCUACAUAACAUGUAAUGGUCGGAACUCUCUAAUAACUAAAGUUCCUUGGGUGAAUUAUGGAAACUCACUACACCGGUAAUUUUUGGUGCUUCCAUAGCGAGAUAUAAGUUAGAAGUGUACGCUACUUUAUAUUAGAAAUGGCAACAGCGGAGGACAUAUGUCUAAGGCUGAAACGACGCGUCGACGUAGUCGACGUCAUCGGUUGCGUAAAUACGUCGACGUCAUUUUUGUGCGUCGAAGCGUCGCAUAUUUACGUCACACCACUGUCAUGGCGGAGCGCAGAGCAAACGAUGCGAGCGAGGGGAAAAAAACACGCCAAAAGUCGUCAAAAGUGUGGGAGUAUUUUAAUAAACGGCCUAAUAAUGUUGUUUUAUGCACACUGUGUCGAGCGGAAAUGGCGUAUCACAGCAGCACAACCGCUAUGAACGAGCAUCUAAAAAGAAAACAUCCGACAGCGUUCUUCCCAUCACCAUCAACGAGUCAAUCAUCCGCCAAACGACAAAGCAGUGUCCAGGAUUUUUUUCCAAAGAGGCAUGGGACUGAAUGCACACCCCAAGUGGCCGCUGACCUGACUGAUGGUGUCCUGGAAAUGAUGGUCAUAGACAUGAGGCCAUUAAAUAUGGUAGAAGGGGAAGGGUUUCAAAAAAUGAUCAAACGGUUUCACUCUGGCUACACACUACCAUCAAGAACCCACUUCACUAAGCUUAUGGAGCAAAAAUACACAAAGAAAAUGAAUGAAGUCAAAGCAAUCCUGAAAAAUGUGAAAGGAAAACUGACACUCACAACUGAUGCAUGGACAAGUAUGGCCACUGAAGCUUACCUUGGUGUCACCAUUCACUUUGUUAAUGAUGAGUGGGAGCUUACCUCAAUUAACUUGACAACAAUGCCCCUCAAUGAAAAGCACACUGCAGAAAACAUUGCCUCUUGGAUUGAGGAUGUUGUCAAUAAGUUUGAAAUAAACAUAAAACUAGUACAAGUCAUUGUACAUGACAAUGCUGCAAAUGUUGUUGCAGCUUUAAGAGUUCUUGAGGAAAGACAUGGUGUUUCAUCCCUCAGAUGUGUUGGCCAUACUCUACAGCUUGUAGUUAACCAUGCUCUAAAGGACAACCACAUCAGCAGAGCUUUAGGAGCAGCAAGAAGUUUGGUCGAGCACUUCAGAAAAAGUGAGCUAUCCAGUACAAAACUAAAGGUUAAGCAAAAACAAAUGGGUUCUCCAGACCACAGCCUCAUACAAGAUGUGUCUGUGAGAUGGAACAGUUCCUUUUACAUGAUUAGUCGCCUGCUUAAGCAGAGGUGGCCAAUAACAGCAACUCUGUCAGAUCCGGAGGUCACUCAAAGAGGGAAGCAUUUUCUGGAUCUUAAGGCUGACCAGUGGAGCUUGCUUGAAGAACUUGAACAAGUUCUGAAACCUUUUGAAUGUGCAACUGUGUACCUGAGUGGAGAAUCUUAUGUAACAGUUUCCGCUGUCCCUCUGCUGGUCAAAGGGCUUCGGAAGGCUACACAAACUGCUUUUGAAAAUGCAUCAAUCAAGUGUUUCCAGGUCACUGCUGCACGUGAGAUAACAUCCAGGUGGGAAGCCGAGACCACAUUCAAAGAUGAUGGACCAAAUGUGUGCAUAUUAGCAGCUGCACUUGACCCACGAUUCAGGAAGCUGAAAUUCCUGACUGCAGAUGAGUGUUUAAAAGUUCAAUACAAGCUGCAUGCAAUAGUUCUGGAGGAGAAAAGAAGGGAAAAGGAGACACACGCUCAACAGGGCACAGCAAUGCAAGUGGAAAGACCAGAUGCUGACAGGCGGCCUGUAUCUUUACUAGACACACUUCUUGGCUCAGAUUCAGAUGAACUCAGCAACAAUGAGGAAGACAACAAUGACAGUAAUGAUGCUGAAAUGGUCAGAAACGAGUUAGUGUCUUAUUUUGGAGAAUCCCCCAUUUCCAAGGAUGAAAACCCAUUAAAAUGGUGGAAAGAACAUCAGGCAAGGUUUCCAAAUCUGGCAAUGCUGGCUCGGUCUUACCUCUCAGUUCCAGCCACAUCGACCACUUCUGAGCGCCUAUUUUCAGCUGCUGGGAAUAUUGUAAACAAGAAAAGAACCAGCCUCACCCCAGAGCAUGUAGACAUGCUAACCUUUCUUCAUUACAACUGUUAGUCACUC